GUCCGUAUAGUAAAGUUGGUACUGUAUUGCAUGCUGCUUAACUGUCACAUUCUAGACUGUUUUCCUUCUUUAACAUUUACAGUUUUUGAUGGACAGCGUGGAGGAAAGAGACACGGAAAUAAAGGCGCCUUCAGUUAUCGAUCGAUAUUACACACGAUGGUACAGAGCCGAUAUGAAGGGGAAACCGUGUGAAGACCACUGUAUCCUGCAGCAUUCGAACAGAAUCUGUGUGGUCACUCUAGCAGAGACGCACCCAAUCCUACAGGAUGGACGGACAAUUAAAAGUAUCAACUAUCAGAUCAGUAAUGGAUGCAGUCGACUCAAAAAUAAAGUGUUUGGGAAGUCCAAACGGGGUGGGCAGUUCCUCACUGAUUUUGCACCUCUGUGUCGAAUAACAUGCACAGAUGAAAGUGAAUAUACAAUAUACAGCUGCAUUCGAGGCCGUUUGCUGGAGGUGAAUGAGAAUAUUUUGGAAAGACCAGCUCUUUUGCUUGAAAAGCCAUCUACUGAAGGAUACAUUGCUGUAAUUUUGCCUAAGUUUGAAGAGAGCAAGAGCAUAACGGAAAACCUCCUGAGCAGAGAAGAGUUUGAGAGAGUCGUCUCCAAACGGAGCGUCGCUGUCCAGUCACAGCCGUGAUGACCGGAGUUCCAGUUGAAUCUUGAUUCAAGUCAGAAGGUUACGUGAAGAGCUUCUGUUUCUUUUGCUGUCAGCAGUUUGAAGAGUGUGGACACUACUGUGGAAAGUGACGUUGGCAUGUGGUCACUUUGGAGGAUUGUUAAUUUAACGUGCCUUUGGAUCGCUGUACACUCUACAUUGUUCUUAUUGGUUUGUCUCAGACAUUGAGGAAGCUUUCAAGUUGUUAUUUAUUGUUUUUCCCCCCUUUUUUUGUAAAUACAAUUAGCCUCAUAGCAUAAUUGCUUAACUCAUGGACAAAAGUAUUGGGACACAUUGAAUUCAGGUGUUUCUUUUCUAACAGAGG